AUGAUGUAAUAUAGAGUGGAAUUGUAUAUUUGCUAUGGCGCUUGAGAUGAAAGUGCUUUGACAACAACAUCGAUGACGCUCUGUUCGUGGUGCUGAAAUCUCUCUCUCCAACGCGCGCGCACGCACACACACACACACACACACACACACACACACACAGCCUCUGUCAUGGCGUCUUCCAACAACGUUAACCCCAUCAACUACAGCUGGUGGCCCAUAUCUGCGAUGGAUGAAGGCUCCAAAUUGGCUGAGGAAAAUGGGAGUCUAGAAGCAGUAGUAGAGCCAAGACCCUUUUCAAAAGACAGGCUGGUUCUGUAUCACUGGACGCAGUCUUUCACCUCGCAGAAGGUGCGGCUGGUGAUCAGUGAGAAGGGCCUGCCGUGCGAGGAGAGGGACGUUAGCCUCCCGCUCAGCGAACAGAACGACCCCUGGUUCAUGAGGCUCAACCUGGGAGAGGAGGUGCCCGUGUUCAUCCACGGGGACACCAUCGUCAGCGACUACAACCGCAUCAUCGAGUACUUGGAAACAAACUUUGUGGGAGAGAUGGUGGCCCAGCUGAUCCCCGACGCCGCGACGCCCCUCCACGCCCGUGUGCAGCAGUACCGGGAGCUGCUGGACGGGCUGCCCAUGGACGCCUACACCCACGGCUGCAUCCUGCACCCCGAGCUCACCGCCGACUCCAUGAUCCCAAAGUACGCCACGGCUGAAAUACGCCGACACCUGGCCCAUGCUGCAUCUGAGCUAUUGAAGCUGGACCAGGAAGAGUCCCAGAUGGCAGAGCUGGAGCCCUAUCUGUCCAAACAUAAGAAGCUCAUGGCUAAGAUUCUGGACCACGAUGACGUUAACUACCUGAAUAAUAUUCUUGGUGAAUUGCAUAUGGUGUUGGAUCAAGUGGAAGCUGAACUAGAGAAGCGGAAACUUGAAUAUCAAGGACAAAAGUGUGAGCUCUGGCUUUGCGGACCCGAUUUCUCUCUGGCCGACAUUUGUCUGGGAGCGACUUUGCACCGCCUCAAAUUUUUAGGACUUUCGAAGAAGUACUGGGAGGACGGGAGCAGACCCAACCUGCGGUCGUUUUUUGAGCGCGUGCAGAAACGCUACGCCUUUCGCAAGGUCCUGGGCGAUGUGCACACCACGCUCCUGUCUGCCGUUCUCCCGAACGCCUUCCAGAUGGUGAAGAAAAAGCCGCCGUCAUUCUUCGGAGCGUCGUUUCUAAUGGGAUCGCUAGGAGGCAUGGGGUACUUCGCCUAUUGGUUUUUAAAGAAAAAAUACAUGUAGUGAAAGCUGUUAUUUGGCUUCUGUUAGCAACUUUUUGCUAACAGAAGCCAAACGUUUUGGUUUUUGAUGCCAUGUUGUUGUUUUUUUGACAUUUUCAAAACACAAGCGAAGUGUUUGUAGAAAUUUGUUAAAUUAAUAAUGUGUGUACAGAAGAUAAUGAAUUUGGCGUUUUUUUCAUGUUUUUAUGUGGCAUAUAUAAAAAAUAACCCGUUUGUACACCUGAAAGAACAAUUUAAAAAUACUUUAAAAUUAUUUCAAGAUAAUUCAGUAUAGAUAAUCUGCAUUACAUUUAGAAUAUAAUGUAAGAUUGUUCUCUAGACAGAAGUAUUAUAUAGACAUAGACACUGCAUGAAGUGAAAAAUUGGAUUUUUUCAUUGUAUCAAAAAUUUCUAAUUUGCAGUUGAAUAUAUCAUUCCACAACUUAUUUUAAAUAAUUUUCAAACAACUUUGUGAAUAUUUCAUAAACUGUAGUUGAAGACUCUUCACCUUCAGUUAGUAGUCUGCUUUUUAUGAAAUGUAAUUCAAUAGCUAAGUGGACCUUUGAAACCUACAAACAAGCAGUCUUUCCUCUUGGUGUUUGCUAUUUUAUGCAUCACUAUCUUUUGAUAUGGAAACUGAUUUUUCACUGAAACCUUGCCGUUAAAAAAACAUCUACUUUAUAUAGUGCUAUUUUUCUAAUUGCCAGAAAGUACUGCCAGAUAUAGUUGUAGAGGCUGUUCAAUCCUCUCAGUUGACAUACAUUUUAGCAAGAGUUCCUUCUGUUAUUUUGAUGGUUUUCAAAGAUGAAUGGUUUUCCUCUAACUACCACACUCAGAAUGUGGAAAAAGAUUAGUCCACAUGAAAAAUAUAUCACUGUGAUACAACUGCUUUCAAUACACAUUGUUAGAAUGUAACCAAAAUUACCUGUUUACCACAAAAUUCACUUUUGUCAGUGAGAGGCAUGCUUGAAGUAUGAACAGGGUAGGCACUCUAGAAAAGCAACUGGGACAACUAUUGUUCAGUAACUGAUAAUGUAAUUGUAAUUCCACCCUUAUGGCAUUCAUGAAACCUCUCUUUCCCAUCUUUGCUUUUUAACUGCUGAGUAUAGCUCAUUCAUAUGGGAACUGUUCCUGUAUUUAAAAAACUGAACUUACCUGACAUCUUGGCCAGAUGCAUGAAACUACAAGGUUAUGAGCCUGAUAAAACAGACUACAUCUCAUGUGAUAUACGGUAUCUCCAUGGAACCAUGUGUUGGCAACUUUAAGAACUGAUUUUAACCCUUUAAUGAGCUUAGUUGUAAAUUACUGUGAUAUGACUGUUAUAUUACAAGGUGGGAAGUUUUUUUGGGCUCUUAUUCAGUUCAGAGUAUUAUCAGUUUUGAGAGUUAUCCAGAAACCAAAGACAGUGAUGCAUGUUGUUGAUGACUAAAGUAUAGAUUUGUGUCCAUGUAUGGAGGGCUAAAGUAGUUAUUGUUAGCCUUAGUGUUGUUGAAUUGAUUAUGCAAAAUGGUAAUGACUGUUUGAGGGUAUUUUGAACUUUUCGUCAGUAAUUUAAGAUGGACACUGCAUGACAAAACUAAAUUCUCUCAUACAAACAGAUUCUCCAUUGUAAUUAUGUGUGGGCAGAUGAUGGUCUGGGUUUGAAAAUACUGUAAGAACAUUAUUUUGGUAUCAUCUGUGUCAUCUGCCGCAAAAAGCUUCAAGAAGAACAGCUAAAAACGCAAGAAACCCAUUGUAACAGAGCGAAAUCUCCGUUCCUGAAUUUGCUUACGGUUGUUUGGCGCGAGUACGCCGCUUUCAUAAAUGUAGUGCGCACCUUUUAUGUUUACAGGUUUGUCAACUCGAAACACAUUCGCUUCUGUAUCUGUUAACCACAAUACUAUAUUGCAGAUCACUUAAACAUACACAUCUGAUUUCACACGUUAAAUAGAUUUAUUUUAGCAUACCAUGUUCAUUAAAUGCAAUGUCAGCUACUAACCGUUGUUUGUUCCGUUCGUUCCAUGUUCAAACAGGAAUGACGUAAUCCUAACGUCACGAUUCUGUGCAAUUAUAUUGGAAGCGCUGGAGAGUAAGAAUUGGCUAUUUCAGGCGGGGGGAGACCCUAAAGUGCAUUCGUGAUAUUUUCUCAUACCCAAUUAGAUAUGUGAUCAUUAGAUAUAAAGUAGCAACUGAUAAUAUAUGUAUAAUGAUUUCUAUGUGUAAAAAUAUAUACUGUCAUUUCUUUUGAGAUAACUGAAUAUUGUAUGGAAAUGGUAUAGUCCGGAUAAUGUGUAGCCUGUAUAUGACCAGGUAAUUUGCUCUCAGUGGUGGCUGGCACUCAGUAGGUGGGUGUAAUUGAAUGUGUAUAAUUGAUGUACUGAUUCUUUUUUAUAUAAAUAUAAAUGUUUGUAUAAUAGUUGGUGCCACUUUUGUAAAUAAAACACCCCACAUGGGUUGCACAAG